GCGUGACGCUGUGUACAGAUAAGCAGACCCUGGCAGACACGUAACACUUUGUUGGACUCACUAAAUGGACUAAUUUACCAGUAUUUAGGCCGAAUAUCGAACCUCAAAUUCUUUGCGCGAUGAGGACCAUUUGGGCAGUGGCGUUUGCCACCUGUUUAGCUAUUUUCCUAGUCUGCUUCACCACCCCAGCUCAAGCUCAGCAGAAAAGAAGAGAGGGCCUGACUCUUUCCGAAAAAGUGCAACAGCUGACUGAGAUGAGCGCUAAGAGGUCCAUUCUCCGUUUCAAUGGCCAUAAAUUUAAAGAUUUUGUUCGAUCUACGCCAAGAAACUACUCCAUGAUUGUCAUGUUCACUGCUCUCGCCUCUCAGAGACAGUGUGUCAUCUGCAGACACGCUCACGACGAGUUUGUAAUUGUGGCCAACUCGUUCCGUUAUUCGCAGCACCAUUCCAACAAAAUGUUCUUUGCCAUGGUUGACUUUGACGAGGGACCUGACGUUUUUACCAGCCUGAACAUGAACACUGCGCCUGUUUUCAUGCACUUCCCAGCCAAAGGCAAGCCAAAGCACAGUGAUACCAUGGACAUCCAGAGGGUUGGGUUUGCUGCUGAGUCUAUUGCCAAAUGGAUCACCGAGAGAACUGACAUUUCGAUUCGCGUGUUCCGCCCACCAAACUACUCGGGCACUGUUGCCGUUGCCAUGCUCUUCGCCUUUGUCGCUGGCUUCCUGUACCUCAAGCGUAACAAUUUGGACUUCCUUUACAACAAGACACUAUGGGCCUUUGCAGCAAUUGUUUUCACUCUGGCCAUGACCUCUGGACAAAUGUGGAACCAUAUCCGAGGCCCUCCGUUUGUCCACAAAACUCAGUCUGGAGGAGUCGCAUACAUCCAUGGAUCUUCUCAGGGACAACUUGUGCUCGAGACCUACAUCAUUAUUAUCCUCAAUGCAGCAAUCUUACUUGGCAUGAUUCUGGUCACUGAGGCUGCCUCUCAAAAAGGAGAUGUCCGUAAGAGGAGAAUCCUGGCAAUCGUUGGGAUGGCGAUCUUUACUGUGUUCUUCAGUCUUGUGCUGUCGAUCUUCAGAAAUAAGGCACAUGGCUACCCUUACAGCUUCUUAUUCAAGUGAUUUUGUGAGGAGAAUGAUCAACAUUAGAUUUCCAAGGAAGAAUGAUGAGCGUCAGUUGUUAAAAAUUGUGUUUGGUUUUAUGUAAUAAAUGAGUGUGGAGUAAAAAGUGUUAAUUUUCAA